ACCGCGAUACCACCGAUAACAACGGCACCGAAGAGAAGCAACAGCCGUAGAGUAAAAAAAACAUGCCAGAUCUAGUUUAAGCCACUCCAGACAGCGGCGGUGCGCGGCGCUAAACGGCAAGCAAGCAGAAACUGGAAUUGAAAUUCUGGGCGAACCGAGAGCCACGAUUCAUACAUAUGUGUGUCUGCUUUUUCGCCAGCGAAACGGAGUUAAAUGAUUGAGUAGCGGAUAACAACGGACACCCAGAUCCGCGGAGCCACGUUUGCGUGGAGCUCAACCCAGUGCUAACUACCUCAGAAGGCCAGAAGCAAAGCCUACUCUAAGCCAACAUGCUGCCUCGGUUCCGUUCCUUCUACGGCAAGCUGAUCAUCUUCAUCCUGGUCGCCCUGUGCUUCAUCCUCUACAGCAAGGUGCAGCAGAAUGGCGCUCCCGAGGAGCAGGUGGCUCCACCGGUCCGGGCGGCCGCUUUGCGUGGCCAUGGACGCGAGCGCUUCGAGGCGGACAGCGACAGCGAGAACGAGAUCGCCAGGCCAGCCACCCAGUCGCCCUACGAGCAGAUCAUCCAGCUGGACCUCCAGAAACAGAGGGUUGGACUGGGCGAACAGGGCGUGGCAGUGCAUCUUUCGGGCGCCGCCAAGGAGCGCGGCGAUGCCAUCUACAAGAAGAUCGCCCUCAACGAGGAGCUCAGCGAACAGCUGUCCUAUAAUCGCAGUGUCGGCGACCACCGGAAUCCCCUGUGCGCCAAGCAGCGCUACGAUGACGCCUCCCUGCCCACCGCCAGUGUGAUCAUCAUCUUCUUCAACGAACCCUACUCCGUGCUGCUGAGGACAGUGCACAGCACGCUGAGCACCUGCAACGCGAAGGCGCUCAAGGAGAUCAUCCUGGUGGACGACGGCAGCGACAACGUGGAGCUGGGCGCCAAGCUGGACUACUAUGUUCGCACGCGGAUUCCCGCCGGCAAGGUCACCAUCCUGCGGCUCAAGAACCGAUUGGGUCUGAUUCGUGCCCGAUUGGCCGGCGCUCGAAUCGCCACGGGGGAUGUGCUCAUCUUCCUGGACGCCCAUUGCGAGGGCAAUAUUGGCUGGUGUGAGCCUCUCCUGCAGCGGAUCAAGGAGUCCCGGACAAGCGUCCUGGUGCCCAUCAUCGAUGUCAUCGAUGCCAACGACUUCCAGUACAGCACCAAUGGCUACAAGUCCUUCCAGGUGGGCGGAUUCCAGUGGAACGGCCACUUCGACUGGAUCAAUCUGCCGGAGCGGGAGAAGCAGCGCCAGCGACGCGAGUGCAAGCAGGAGCGGGAGAUCUGUCCGGCUUACAGUCCCACCAUGGCCGGUGGUCUGUUCGCCAUGGAUCGACGCUACUUCUGGGAGGUGGGCAGCUACGACGAGCAGAUGGACGGCUGGGGUGGCGAGAACCUGGAGAUGUCGUUCCGCAUCUGGCAGUGCGGCGGCACCAUCGAGACGAUUCCCUGCUCCCGCGUGGGACACAUAUUCCGGGACUUCCAUCCUUACAAAUUCCCCAACGAUCGCGACACACACGGCAUCAAUACCGCGCGCAUGGCGCUGGUGUGGAUGGAUGAGUACAUCAACAUAUUCUUCCUCAACCGGCCGGACCUGAAGUUCCACGCGGACAUCGGCGAUGUGACCCACCGCGUGAUGCUGCGUAAGAAGCUCCGCUGCAAGAGCUUCGAGUGGUACCUGAAGAACAUCUAUCCGGAGAAAUUUGUGCCCACAAAGGACGUGCAGGGCUGGGGCAAGGUGCACGCCGUCAACUCCAACAUCUGCCUGGACGAUCUGCUGCAGAACAACGAGAAGCCCUACAACGCGGGCCUGUAUCCCUGCGGCAAGGCGAUGCAAAAGUCGCAGUUGUUCUCCUUCACCAACACGCAAGUGCUGCGCAACGAGCUGAGCUGUGCGACGGUGCAGCACAGCGAGUCACCACCGUACCGGGUGGUGAUGGUGCCCUGCAUGGAGAACGACGAGUUCAACGAGCAGUGGCGGUACGAGCGCCAGCACAUCAUCCACAGCAACACGGGCCUGUGCCUGGAUCACAAGGGCCUCAAGAGCCUGGACGACGCACAGGUGGCGCCUUGCGAUCCCACCAGCGAGUCCCAACGAUGGACCAUCGAGCACUGAGCGGAUUGGGCGGAGCGGGGGAAUGGGAUGGGGACCAAACCAACUGAGAGAUACUGACUAACGCCGACUGAACGGAACUCGAAUUCAAGUUAGAACAACUCAUUGUAAAUACAUAAAUCGAAUGCUAGAAUUAUAUAUUUUGUGUACACUAACCGUGUAUAAUAAGACGAGUCGGGGUAGCUAGUGCAAAUCAAAUCAAAUGGAAUCAAAUCAAAAGAAGAGAAAACAAACCCAGCAAAUCAAACGCAAACGAGUCAUUUGGAAAGCUAAUAACAAUUAACUGUGUGUUGUGUACUUUGUGUGUAUAAAUAUAAAUAGAGAAAGCUGUAAGGAUAGAAUGUCGGA